UUGCCAUUACAGCUUUAGCAGAAGAAGAACCUCGGGCUCUUCUAUAGGAUUCAGUUCAUGCAGCAACGUUCACAUUUACACUGUUAUUGCAGGAGCAAGAAAAAGGAGCCCACUGUUGAAGAUUUGCAGCAGAAGAUGCCACCAGUAGGAGUCAGACUGUUGAAAUCAGAAGAGAUUAAAUAUGAGAAUAUGAAAUCUCAGCAAACAUCCUCUGACCCUCUCUGCCCUAAAACACCUCAAAGACAAAGGCAGAGAAAUGCAGGAAAGCUGAAGACUCACCACUGUUCAGAUUGUGGAAAGAGUUUUACUCAUCAGUGUCUAGUCGAAACAUCUCAGCACAGUCACUCUGAAGAAAAACCCUAUCACUGCUCAGAGUGUGGAAUGAGUUUUACUCGACUGAGUAGUCUCAAAAGACACCAGCGCAUUCACACUGGAGAGAGGCCAUAUAUCUGCUCAGAGUGUGGGAAGAGUUUUACCCGACUGAAAAUUCUCCAACACCAUCAGCGCAUUCACACAGGAGAGAAACCAUAUCAAUGUUCAGAGUGCGGGAAGAGUUUUAAUCAAGAAACUAGUCUCCAAAUACACCAGCGAAUUCAUACUGGAGAAAAACCGUAUCAGUGCUCAGAGUGUGGGAAGAGUUUUACUCAACAGGGUCAUCUUCAAGCACACCAGCGCAUCCACACAGCAGAGAAGCCAUAUUACUGUUCAGACUGUGGAAAGAGUUUUAGAGACAGAAGUAAUCUCAGAACACACCAGCGCAUUCACACAGGAGAGAAACCCUAUCGCUGUUUGGACUGUGGGAAGAGUUUUAGAGACAGAAGUAAUCUCAAAUCACACCAGCGUAUUCACACAGGAGAAAAGCCCUACCAGUGCUCCGACUGUGGAACAAGUUUUAGUGACAGAGGAACUCUCAAAGCACACCAACGUGUCCAUACAGGAGAGAAACCGUAUUACUGCUCAGAGUGUGAACGUAGUUUCAGGCAUUUGAGUACUUUCAGUACACACAAGUGCACUAACAAGGAGGUGUAGUCUCAUGAAAGCUCAAAAAACUCAUUUUCCUUACCUGGUAUUCUUGGGUUAAUGUGAACUAUGUAAUCUAUGCUUUUGGUAUUUAUAUUGAGCAAAUAUGUAAAGUUUUUUCCUUAACCCAAAUGAAGCCCAUCAGCCAAGAUGUUUGCUGUCCAAAUUUACCAAAUACAAGUAAAAUUCUGCCUGGCAAAAAAGCCAAUUACUUGUACAAGAAAGGACACCGGAACGCAAAAAUGGAAUUUGCCUCGAUUUGAAUCGAUGGUGAUUCAAUUAGUGAUCAAGGGUGUCCUAUCUCAUCCACAAAGGGCCAGUGUGGCUGCAGGGUAAUGAGGCAUCAUCCUGCUUGUUUGGAUUGACAACCUGCAAUCACACUGUGCCAUUGUGGAUAAGAUUGGACAGCACAAGUGUCAGCCAAUAGAAAAUGUGGGUGAGUUGCAGUAUAUUUUUGUUCCUGAAAAAUUCUUCUGCUCCUCAGUCAUCAUAAAGUUGCUUUUCACUCCAAAACAAACCAGUUAACCAGAUAUUAGUUCAUCACCAAACUUUAUUUUUCCUUCAUUAUAUCAGUAUAGCCUGUGCUCACCAGAUUUUUGCUUCAACCUGGCAAACAAAACGGUGAGAUUUUGGUACCUGAAUUACUUGGGUAAGUAAUACAAUUAAGUGUAGGUGCAUGUUUCCAAAAAUGGCUAAUCAAAAAAAUAUUAUAUAUUAUAUAUGACCUUCCAGCUUUUUGCACCAGUGGCAAUGGUAUCAGAAGUAGGAAUUUUAUUUUCAAGUUUAGUUGCGAGAUUGCUUUGAGCAUAGAUAUACAAAUGUUUGUAUAUCUCUUUUGUUUUUGAGGAAACAUGAAAAGAGUGAGGAAAGGGGCAAUAUAGAUUUUAGGUUGGGUCUGGUUCUAUGAAAUUCCCUGUGGUUGUCCUCAGUAACCUGUCACUCAUCACCUCAGUGCUGGACCCACUAUAAAACACUGAUAAUCUCCUUAAGGAUGCAUCACUUUCCAUAAAGCCAUUUUGAACAACAACCAAACAUGUCACAAUAAGGAGUGUUAAUCAUUUGCCACAUCAAGUUUUCAGUAUUGUGAAAAACAGGGAUAUACACAAGACUCUAAGAAGGUUCUGAAUUAUAGCUUAACACUAUAUAUUAGUUAAAUAGUGUAGUAGGUAACAGUUCAGCUUUGCAUGUUGAUGGGGUCAAAGCCCUGUAUGGAUAGUAUUAGUGCUUUUGGCUGCUAUUGGGAAAAUGCUACAUUUGUUGUCAUUGGAAUCAUUAUUACACUGUCUCUCUUGAUAAGAGAUUGCAUUAUAAAGCAAAAGUAAUUAAGCUUAAUUUAUGACUGCACAUCUGGAUUAGAUAUAACUGCAUGAGUCUCACACUCCAUGUUUGUAUCUUACAAUUUUAAAGAAUCAGAGAAAAUUUCAAUAAAGUUUCACUCUUCAUAAGAUCAUUAUUCUUUUUACAGCUUUGUAUAUAUGUCUAGCUUGGUGUAGAUAUGCAGAAUCGUAAGUGAAAGGUCACCACUGGAACUCUAAGGAAGAGGUAGCAGACCUAUGUGUGCUACAGUUACAAAGUCCUGAUUUUUACAGCAUUUGGCUGAUGUUCUUAUCCAGAGUUACUUACAAUUUGAUCUCUUUAUACAGGGAGGCGAAGGUGGUGUUAGGACUCUUAUUGGUAUAGUGUAGGGUGCUUGUCCAAGCAUGGAGUUGAACCCCAGUCUACAGCAUAGAAAGCAGAGGUGUUACCCACUACACUAACCAACCACCACUGAUGCCAAGGAUGUGGAUGAAAUAGAAAACAAAAUAGAUUAGAUCAGAUAAGAGAGAGACUCAAUCUGAUACAGACUCACUUAACCACCAAAAAUGAUGCACUUUCACAACAGAACAUGUGUUUGGUUCCCUCUCUUGCUAAUUUAACACCAGUUCCUUCAAGAGAACAUGGAGUUAAAUCUAUCAAAAAUGGCAAGAUACACUAAAAACAGACCUUCUCCCUCAUGGUCUCUUAUAUUUCCAGCUUGACAGGCUAUGCUUUUUAGACAUCAUAAAUAAGCAUGCUGGUGAAAUACCUGACUUGCAGGCCUCAUCUACCCAAGAGAGUAAGGAAAUAACCCACCAGUCAUCUGAAGAGACUGUCUCUUUCACCCCGAUCUCCCACCCAUUUUGUGAUCACUACUGAAAGAAUGGAGCACUGAGGCUUUUGUUCAGACUGCAGGCAAAUCAGAUUGUUUCUCAAAUUAGAUCUUUUGAGAUGACUGUCCAUGCUGUUAUUUGUAAGUGAUCAGAAGGGAUCUGUGUGUAAAGACAACACCAGUCUAUCUGCAUAGGUUGCUGUGGUAGGGACGUAGGCGUCAGUAAAUACUUAUACUGUAAAAAAGCUAUACUGGUGAAGUGGAUUUCCUGUGGUUGCAGGAGAAAUUGAGGUCAUCAUCUCGCCGUCGAAACUCUCUGGAAUAAGCAUGAAUUUUUGGGUACUCUUCUUGAAUCCCGGCACCUCCGUCACUCUGUAUUUGACAUUAUUGUUUGUCAUGUUGUAAGUGACAAAAAAAUACACUUAUACAAUUUGAGCGGCCAGAGCAUCAGAACGGAGAACUGUAAAAAUUUGAUUAGAAUUCCAUUUCAAACCGCCUCCAAAUGUGGUCUGGAUCCGAUUUGCAAAAAUUAGAUUACAUUUGUUGGUUUACUGUCCAGACUGUUAAUAAUCAAUGAUGAUACAAUCUGGAUAUGCCAAAAAAUGGGCUGGCAGUUUGAACAAUGCCUUAAAUGCACAAGACAGUACACAGAUUUUCAACCAAUGUAGGCAGCACAUAUACAGAAACCACAUGAAUAGCAAACUCCAUGGCAGUUUGUGUUUGAGCUUAGUGCAGGAAAUCAAUGAUCAAGAGACUCCUGUGAAAUAGUGAGAUUAAUGUCUGGUCUCUUACCUGCUGAUUUAUUUAGAAGAAAAUCACCUCAUCUAUCAACACAAUGUGUCAUAUUAAAUUAAGUAUUGUUUUAGGAAGAAUACCUUUUUUUCAACAUGGCUACCAACCAGGAGCACACCUCAUAGACUGAGAACAGCUGAUUGAACAGAAUCAUGUAUGCUCGUUUAACUGGCGUCAAAACCUGCAGCCAAACCCACUCUUUGUGUGUAAGGUUCCAGAAAGAGAAUGUUGAGGACAUGCAAUGCCAACUUAACCAGUGCAUACAGGGGUUUUCAGCAGCUUCAGCAAAAAUACUUGUAUACACAUAAGCAGCAUGUCUGGAGCCCUUUGCCAACAGCAGUCCAGUAAAUCCAUGGAUACAGUGUUACCUGUAUGGAUGGUUACCUGUAAAAACAGUUUGGCGGUAUAUAUUUGCUACCACUGUGGUUUUGCGCUUCAAUAAUGUGACUAUAAUGUGCUGGCCGUUAAAACAUAAAUUGUUGUCAUUUCACCUGCCAGGCUGCCCUCAGCCACCAGAGGGAGGCACAGAGCUGCUCCUUUGUAAUUAAGGGUAAGCAGUGGCAUCUGUGCCUGUGUCUACUUAACAAGAGCUUUCCCAUUGUCUUGGUGGGUCUCUCUUUAGAGUGCAGUUACCGGACUGGCUGGUAAUUUGGUAAAGGCCUUUGAGUUUACUCUGGGAUCUCCCUGUCUCUUGAGCUACUGAUACUUUCCAGACUUAAUACUGUUAAGCUUUGCUCAUCAGGGUUUCUCUGGCCUCCUGAGCUUCCCUUGUAGACCUCUAGUGAGACAGUCAGGGUUUUACCCUGAUGUUCCUUAGUCUUCUGGUUUUCAGUUUUCCUCCAGAUUGGAAAUGGUUACAAGAAAAUCGCUUGUUUUUUCUUUUUUCUCCAGUGUGAGCUUUACUUUGUUCAUUUUGCACCACUCUGUCAACAGGUGUACUCCUCCACUUAUAUCUGCUUUUGAAUUAUUUUCUACUAACAAACUGGCAGAAGAUUCAUUGUUUCUUACCUAUAAGAAUAAUUGCAGCUAUUAAUGUUUGCAAGAUGAGCCCUCAUGUGUAUCAUAAUAACUGUUGGCCACGUUACAUCAGGUCUGAAGCAUUUGAAGGCUCUCAAAUCUCCACAAAGUGACCUUUUACACAGUUCCACUACCAUAGUCUAUACCGCCACAUAUGGUGGGAUAGUUUGGAGCAAGUUCUUAUCUUAAUCACAAACAUUCUUGAGGAACACUCUUCAAGCACCAUAGCUUCUUUGGAAGAGAACAAACAUACUGCAGGCCUGACAGAUACAAAUGCCAAGUGUAACAAAUACUUUUUAGAUUCGACUCAACAUCUGAUGACAGAAAAUAAACUACCCUUCUCUUUGGAAUGUC